AUGAAAUUAUGCACUGGUUCGCUGGGAAAACACGUGAGGAACGUGGCGUCAAUCGCCGGCAAUAUCGUCACCGCGUCACCGAUUUCCGACCUGAAUCCUAUAUGGAUGGCAGCUGGCGCGAAGGUCGUCCUCGAGUCAGAUGAGCGCGGGGUGCGUUGUCCUGUGAUCGAUGAGCACUUUUUCUUGGCUUACAGAAAGGCUGAUGUGGAAGCUGAUGAAGUAGUGAAAGCCGUCAUCGUUCCUCUCACCAAAGAGAACCAAUUCUUCCGUGUGUACAAGCAAGCGCAGCGCCGCGAAGACGACAUCGCCAUCGUCACCGGAGCGUUUAAUGCCGUCGUCGAUCCGGACACGCUCAUCGUUGAAAAAAUUCGAAUUUCAUUCGGCGGAAUGGCUCCCACGACCAAGCUCGCCCUCAAAACUAUGGAGCAGUUGACUGGAAUGGAAUGGAGUCAACCGCUGCUUGAUCUGGGUCUUGAUCUUAUCUCCAAGGAAUUUGCAUUACCUGCAGGAGUACCAGGUGGAAUGGCUCGAUAUCGACAAGCUCUCACACUCAGCUUCUUCCUGAAAUUCUUCCUUGAAGUCGCUGAGGCUUUGAAUGUCACAAACAUUGACGACAGGCACGAGCUUACAAGUAUUGGCCAGGACAUACCAGAAGGACUUAUUGCUACUCAACUAUACCAGGAAGUGCCAGCCGAUCAGCCGGCGCACGAUCCUGUUGGCCGAGCGAUUCCACAUGCAUCCGGUAUGAAGCAUGUCACUGGUGAAGCGGUCUACUGUGAUGACAUCCAAGUGGCCAACUGUCUUCACAUGGCUUUUGUGAUGUCGCCGAUUGCCUGUGGUACGCUUGAGUGUGUGGAUGUCUCAAAAGCGGUGGCUAUGGACGGGGUGGUCGGUUACAUCGAUGCCGAUGACGUGCUCGAAGGCAUCAAACUUGGCCAUCACAGCGACACGCCGGUAUUCGCGAAGGACAAAUUGACCUACCACGGCCAGCCCAUCGCGGCCAUCAUCGCCCGCGAUCAUGAAACUGCUCGACGUGCGGCUAACGCCGUUAAACUUGAAUAUAUCAGAGAGUCUCCUCUCAUUUCUAUCGAGGAUGCCGUCGAAGCGGACUCGUACCUCAUGCGUCCUCUUACCAUCCAUUCGUCAUUGCUGGAGAAUGAAACAGUGGUGCAGAAUGACUGGAGCAAUUAUGAUCACGUUAUCGAAGGAGAGGUCAAGAUAGGUGGACAAGUAGGUUUUUUUGUGUUGUUGCUGGGAAUGAAUGUCAGGUUCUCCUGA